AUGGCUGCACGAAUCCUGCAAAGGUUCACCACUACGCCUGACCUGUGUAGCAAGGCGAAGGCAGAGCAUGUGAAGGAGAUCCUCACAGAAAUCAACUGGGCAAAGGCCGUCCUGCCCAAUUACCGCAAGCCGGAGGAGAGACAGCCGCAGGCGCCCUACAGUAAGCGCAAUAGAUCGGGGGGAAAUACGCCCAACAAUGCAAAGAGGGUCAGAACGCAGGGGCCUUCAUCUGCUGAAGUAGCCAAGGAGCAGAUCCUGCUUGGCGUCAUUGACGAGAGCGAUGAGGACAGCCUAGCCCUGAGUCAGCAAUGGAAGUGGGUAAAAGCCGCGAUGGCCGACAUUGCUAUCACCAUCAUGUUGGAGAAUUCGCGACCUCUGCCAACCUGCAAGGGAGCGGGGUGGUUGCAAAAUAACAUCCGUUUUAUAGCAUGCGAGGAUGUUGGAUCAGCGGAUAUAUAUAAGAAAACAGUCGCAGGCAUUGGAGAAGUCUACCCUGGUGCGAAGCUCAGGGCGGUCGACUUCAAGGACCUACCGGUGCGACCGAGAGCGAGAGCAUGGUUGCCUUGCAAGCCAGCGGAACCCGAAAGGAUCCUGCAUACCAUAAGGCUCUACAACCCGGAGCUACCUACCGAAAAUUGGAAGGUGGUAAAAAUCAAUGAAAGCGGUAAAGCGACGAUGCAGGUUGUCCUGCUUCUUAAUAAGGACUCCAUAGAGUUGAUGGAGCAAAAGAGCGGGGUGAUAUGGUGA